CUUUCAUUCACCCCACUUUAAAAUCCCACAAACCCCACUUUCAAAAAAACAAGAUAUUAACAGUACCUCUUAAAAAAAAAAAAAAAAAAAAAAAAACAUGUAUGAAUUUGGGGAAGAAGUGAUAAUUGAAAGUUACAAAGUACCAUGGUUAAUUUGGAUACAGUUACUUGUUAUGAUUCUUCUUGUAUUGCUUCUUUUCUUUGGGUUUAGUAUUUUGGAGCUUCCAAAUAAUUCAAGUUCUAUUGCUUCUUCUUCUGAAAGUCCUACUGGCGUUUCACAUGGAAAUACACCUUCUAAUUCAACUUCAACCCUUCAGCAUUGGAACCAAAACCAACAUAUCAAAGGAGAAACUGAAGCUAGCACAAGCCGUGAAAUUGCAAGGGCAGAUGAAUUUCAGGAAAAAGAAGGAUCUGCAGAAAAGGACACAAACAUCUUCAAGCUUCUUGUACGUCCGCAGCACCCUUGCAAUUACUUUGGACUAGCCAAACAAGCGUUUCUCAAGUGCUUGGGCUUUGAUUCCGAUCGUGAUAAUUGUAACACCAGAAGACAUGCUAAAGAAGACUAAUAAUGGAACAUGUUAUAGUUUAGUUCUUGAGACAGAAGUGUCAAGUCAAUGUACAAAGAUUCAGGUCCUUGAAAGAGUUGCUGCUAGGCAUUUAAAAGUGUGUAUUGUCCCUUAGAGAUUUUGUAAGUGACAUGACCCUUUGAAGCCUCUUUUUCAAAGUGCACUUAAGUUCAGGUGUAGUUUUAACCCCACAAAUGUUUCUUAACAUGUAGUGUAGCUCUUUCAUGUAAGCAAAGAUUAAACUCUCCAUUGAUUUGUCUUCUACCAUGUAUAUUGAGCUGAGCUGAUGACUAUUUCUUGCCUUGA